AUUUUAUUUUAGUGGCGGCGGCAUAGAAUUCUACAACAGGCGGUAGAUCAUAAUUAUGAUUAUUGCAGAAAACAUAAGAGGUUUGAACGAAAUACGCCCCUUUUUUGCAAAGUAUGGCUUUUAGAAUCACUGCUGAUCCCAAGUUGGAGCAGUUCUUAGUCGCUACAGUUGAGUUAACUGGACGAGUACUAGGAGCAGGUGCUUAUGGCAGUGUGGAGGAGGUGGAGAUACCUGGAGCAACGGUAGCUGCCAAGAAAAUGCACCAACAGCUUGUCAACCUGGGUUCUCCACAGCAGGUUGAGAAAUGGGUGACUGAUUUUGUGGAGGAGUGUAAACUGAUGAGCCAGCUCCGUCACCCUCACAUAGUACAGUUCCUGGGGGUGUGCUAUCUCCCUGGAGCCCAACUCCCCGUCCUACUGAUGGAGAAGCUACAAACCAGCCUCGACAACCUUCUGGAAACCAGCCCCAACAUUCCUAUUGACCUCAAAGUGCACCUUCUGACGGGGACUGGCCGAGGGGUGGUCUAUCUGCACAGCCGCACUCCACCCAUUGUCCAUCGUGAUCUGUCUGCCAAGAACGUUCUAGUCGAUAACGGUCUCAAUGCCAAGAUAGCAGACUUGGGUGUUUCUAAGAUUGUGAACAUUCAGCCUGGCCAGCUAGCUGCCUCGAUGACUCAAAUGCCAGGCACUGGUGUGUACAUGCCACCAGAGGCAGCUCAAGAGGAAGGGGUCACACGAUACAAUACUGCCAUAGACAUCUUCUCCUUUGGUGUGGUAUCUCUCUUCACACUGACACAGACCUUCCCCAAAAGUCUCAAACCUGCUAAUUAUCGAGAUCCUGCUACUCAAAAAAUUGUUGGCCGAUCCGAAAUCGAACGCCGUGAAGAUUACAUUGCUCCAAUGAAAGCAGCUCUUGGUGAGACCCACCCCCUAGUCCAGUUGACCCUCGCUUGCCUGGCGUAUGACCAAGAAGAUCGACCUUCUGCUGUGGUGGUGUUGAAAAGAUUGGAGGAUGUUGGAACAACACUCCCUCAGAACUGCACCCAGACCAAGCUAGAACUGAUUCAACAGGUGGCUGUGAAGGAAGAAGAAGUGCAACAUUAUUAUUACAAGAACCAAGGUUUAAUCAAUCAGUUUCAGCAUCAAAUGUCUGUCCAAUUACAAGCAUCUAUCGAUCGUCAUCAAGCUGAGAAUCGAGAACAAAUUCGUGGACUGGAAGAACUGAUCACUCUCCAACAAAAGCAGUUGGAAGUUCAACGCAAAGAAAUUGAUUGUCUUCUCUCCAGUUCAGUGAGGUCUCUAAAGCUACAGCCUCGGGAGGACACACCUCAGGGCUCAGGACAGAGAGAGAUAGCCAUAAACAAAACCACAAAAGCAAUCAAUAUUGUUGAUUCGAGCACUGGAAACGCAUUGCUACCACACAAGUCGACCACACCACAACCAACUGUUCCUACUGCCAUCACUUUCAACUGGACGACAAGAUGCAAGGACAUACCAAAGGCGAUGAUUGUGAACGAUCAGCCUGUGGCUAUCAACGGGAAGCUGUACACGAGAAGCUGGAGUAACGGGACUACGACUGUGACUGUGUACACACCAGAUCAGGAUAGCUGGGAUGAGCUGCCACCUCCUCCAGUGGGUGACUUCGCCAUAGCAACACUGAGAGGUCGACUGUUAGUGGUCGGAGGUGAGGACAAGUCUACUAAUGAGAAAAUGAAUACCAUCCUAACGUUCGAUGAGAGCUCUCAACAAUGGGUCCAGUCACUUCCCCACAUGCCAAAAGCAUUAACUUUGCCAGCAGUUGUUGAAUAUCAGAACCAUCUGAUCGUUAUCAGUGGACUUGACUCACACUACACUAGGAUAGCUGACGUGAACAUUCUGAACACAAGUAACAAAUGGAUCACAGCCGAACCACUUCCCUGCACUGGUGACUACAGCACUUGCCUAAUUGAAGACACACUGUAUCUUAUAAGUCAAGACACUAAAGAAGUGUUUCGAGCUCAUGUACCCUCCCUCAUAUCACGAGCCAGUUUUGGUGUGUGGGAAUCUGUCGCAAGUGUGCCAUUCUAUUGGUCAUCUCCCAUCGCCGUCCGCAACACCCUCCUGACUAUGGGGGGUAGGGAAGGACUAAAAGGUGACGCUACCUCAAGCAUCCAUCUGUACGAUCCCACUAAAGACCAGUGGACACAAUGUGGUAACCUUCCCGAGAAAAUGAAGUGUUGUCAUUGCAUUGAACUAUCAAGCGAACUGUAUAUACUAGGUGGUUUAAUAAAUGGCUUCGCUAUCAGAUCUGUGUUCAUAUCCAUCCCAUAUAUAACAUAGCACACUACCAGUACUAUAUAAUAAAUCUGUGUUUAUUUAUUGAUGUAUUGUACAACAUGUUCUUUUUGAUGAAAUAAAAUUGUGAAAUUAA